AGAGCUUUAUUAUGAAAAGCAGUGGCAGAUUCAGCACCUUGACCUUCUUUGAUUUAAUCGGAUCGAACAGGGUUCGUACAUGGCGGGUCGUGAUCGGAUCGUUCACCUGCUCAGACAGCUCGAGCGUGCGGCGUGCAGAUGUCCUGCUCACUCCAACACCUUCCACCAAGGCGCUGGAGCUGCAGGCUGCACCGCCAGGACCACCGAUUAUGCCUUUGAGAUGGCGAGUUCCAACAUUCGGUAUGGACCAGGAGUCAGCAAGGAGAUCGGCAUGGACCUCCAGAACCUCGGCGCUCGGAACGUUUGUCUGAUGACAGACAGGAACUUGUCGCUUCUCCCUCCUGUGAAGGCUGUUCUGGAGUCCCUGGCCAAGAACGGAGUCAACUUCAAGGUGUACGACAACGUGCGUGUGGAACCCACAGACUCCAGCUUUAAAGACGCCAUUGCGUUUGCCAAAAAGGGCUCGUUUGACGUGUUUGUGGCGGUGGGUGGCGGGUCGGUAAUUGACACCUGUAAAGCGGCCAACCUGUACGCCUGUCACCCUGAAGCUGACUUCCUGGACUUUGUUAAUGCUCCGAUUGGCAAAGGGAAGCCCAUCAGGAAUCCACUGAAGCCGCUCAUCGCAGUUCCAACAACUGCUGGCACUGGGAGUGAGACCACUGGAGUCGCCAUCUUUGACUAUGAACCCUUGAAGGCUAAAACAGGCAUUGCCAGUAGGGCCAUCAGACCCAUGCUGGGCAUUGUGGACCCGACCCAUACUCUGAGCAUGCCUGAGAGGGUGGCGGCCAACAGCGGCUUCGACGUGCUCUGUCACGCUCUGGAGUCAUAUACCGCCCUGCCUUACGACCAGAGAAGCCCCUGCCCCUCCAACCCAAUCCUACGCCCCGCCUACCAGGGCAGCAACCCAAUCAGUGAUGUCUGGUCCCGCCACGCCCUCCAUGUGGUAGCCAAGUACAUGAAACGAGCUGUUCGUGACCCAGAGGACCUGGAGGCCCGGUCCAGUAUGCACCUGGCCAGUGUGUUUGCUGGGAUCGGCUUUGGAAAUGCUGGAGUCCAUUUGUGCCAUGGCAUGUCAUACCCCAUCGCAGGAAACGUCAAGACUCACACAGCCAAAGGCUACUGUGUGGAGCACCCCCUAGUGCCUCAUGGACUUUCUGUCGUCCUCACGUCUCCUGCUGUCUUCAGCUUUACUGCCCCCAUGUGCCCAGAGCGCCACCUGGAGGCUGCAGAGAUUCUUGGUGCAGAUGUGCAGCAGGUGAAGCGUCAGGAUGCAGGCGCCAGUCUGGCUGACACACUCCGUCAGUUCCUGUCAGACCUGCAUGUUGAAGAUGGACUCGGCGCCGUGGGGUACAGCAAAGACGACAUCCCGGCUCUGGUGAAGGGGACCCUGCCUCAGGAGCGCGUCACUAAACUUUCUCCUAGAAAGCACACAGAAGAGGACCUGAGCCAGCUUUUUGAAGCCUCCAUGAAGCUCUACUGACCUGGCAGCUGACCAAAGACUUCUCUGAUGACUUUAACAAAGAGACAGUGUUCGUGAACUCAGAAGGUUCAUUAGUUCUGAUAUAUGAAAGAGCAGAAACUGCGGCAUUUUCAUGUGUGAGGUACUGUGCAAUGUCUUGAGAUGCAGUACCUGCUGGUGACUUCAGGGUUCAGCAUCAGUUAAAACUGGCUGAACUAAAAGGAAAAAUCUGUCCUUUGAUUUUUUUUAACUGAUGAAAAUUGUGACUUUGGCAUAGAAUUGCUAAUUUAUAAAUAAACUUUACUAAAUCAUUUUUGAGCAUGGGAUCUUUUCACAAUAGUAGCUUCAUUUUCUGAUAAAAAAAAUAUUAGAAACUUGUGUUUCGGUGAAUAAAAUCAUUCAUUUUAAAGCAAAGAUUAAGCAUUCAUGAGUGUUCACAUGUACAAAUCUAAAUAAAAAACAGAUUAUUGUAAA